AAAGUCUGAGUUGUUUAUGUUUAUUUAUAAUUUUUAAUAAUUAAAAAUUUAAAGAAUGAGCUUCAUACAAUUCGAAAGUGGCCGAGAGAAGGACAAAGCUCGCCAGGAACUGCGUGAGGCGCGUGCGGAAUUGCUGGCACAAGCACAAAGCCGGGCCGAGCAUCGCUCUCGUCGGGAGCGGGAACAGGAGUUGCGUGGCGAGGCAAAUUGGAUGUUGCCGGCAGUGGCCAAAAAGCUCGAUUCAUCCAAAGUGAGUUCCAAGAAAGCCAAGUCGAGCAAGUCAAAGAAAAAGUUGAUAACCAAAUCUAAAGCAAAGACCAAAGAGAAAAAUAAAUCUUCCAAGAAAAAGAGCAAGAAGCAUCAUCAUAAACGCAGGAGCAGCAGCAGUAGUGAUAGUGAUAGCGAUGAUUCGUCGAGCUCAUCCAGUGACAGCACCUCAUCAUCUUCUAGCAGUGACGAUGAAACAAAGCGAAGACGUUUGAAGAAAAAAUCCCAAAAAUCUCAUAAAUCUGACGAUGAAUGGGUGGAAAAGAAACCUGUUGAGACGCCCGUAGAGCCCUUGCAGCGUGACAGCUGGAUGACUAGUGAGAAUCUGAGGCUUAAGACCUUUAUGCGGGAACGAAAAGAGCCAACGAAACCAAAUGAAAAGAUGCAGCAAAUCGAUGCCUAUGAUCCGGCUAAAAGUGUCCACGAAUUAAACCCCUAUUGGAAAAGUAAUGGCACAGGUCUACCAGGAUUUCAAAAACCCCAAGACGAAAGCACAGAGUAUUCAGUUAGGCAAGAGCAAUAUAAGCCAAGCUCGUCAUCUGGUUGGCGAAAAGCCUCAGUAGCUCAACCAAAACCGAAAUCACCUUCGCCGAAACCUUCUUCGGAUUCCUCUCAGGAAGAGGACCAUGAACAAGAAGACGAGGAAAUGUAUGAUGCGCCUGCAUGUCUGACGGAUGAGCAAAUAAAUGAAUUAGCCAGCAAAGCCAUUAAAGCCGAACUUAAAGGAAAAUCAGAACUAGCCAAAGAUUUAAAUGUUCAAUUGGAGGCAGCCCGCAAAGCGAGAGCGGAAUUUCUGGCCAGCGGCAAGCAGCCUCCCAAACGAACUAAAUCCAAAUCUGUGGCGUCUAGUUCGGAGCAUGUGCUCCUUACACGUACAGACCAAAAGGGUCAAGUCAGGCCACUCAUUCAGUCCAGGUCCAAGCUAGAACCCUCCACAGGGGAGCGGGAUACGGGAGUGAGGAAAAAGAAAAAAAUGGAUACACAUGUGGAUGGGCAAAGGGUGCGCUACUUUGCCGAUGACGAUCGCUACGAUAUUAAGCAAAUGUUCGAGCGUGAGAAGCAUUCUACAGCAGCUGAAUCGAAUUUAGAAUAUGCCAACAUGCUAUCAAAACAUAAGAACCCCAAUGAUGAUCUCGAGGAUAUAUUUUCGGAUCGUAUACGUAAAAAUGGUCCAUCUCAGGCCGAGGAGGAGAAACGGGAACGUCAAGCAGCCAUACGAGAGCACGAACGUCUCACUUCCACGCUUGAGAAUUGUGAUCGUUGCCUUGACUCGGGAAAACUGGAUAAACAGCUUCUGGUUUCUUUGGGCCAGCGUAUCUAUUUGAGUUUACCCUGGCACAUAGGAUUGCAAAAUGGUCAUUGCAUAUUAUCGCCCAUGCAACAUGUGGCAUGCUGUACCCAGCUUGACGAGGAUGCUUGGCAGGAGCUCAACGAUUUCCGAAAAUCGUUAACACGCAUGUUCGCCUCCCAGGGCAAAGAUUGCGUGUUUUAUGAGAUAGCCAAUAAAUUACACAGGCGGCCACAUCUUAGUGUUCAUUGCAUUCCCAUACCCAAUGAAUGUGGUGAGGUCGCUCCAUUCUAUUUCAAGAAAGCCAUUGAGGAAUCGGAGCAGGAAUGGUGUAUUAAUAAGCAACUGGUUACAUUAAAGGCGCAGAAAUCUCUGCGUUCCUCCAUACCCAAAGGUUUGCCCUACAUCUGGGUACAUUUUGGCAUGGAUACAGGCUUUGCCCAUGUUAUCGAAGAUCAGGAUCGUUUCCCAAACAAUUUUGUGCAGGAAAUCAUUGGCGGAAUGUUGGAAUUAAAUCCAAAUGCUUGGCGGAAGCCACGCAAAGAGCAAAACAUCAUAGCCAAAGUUAAAUCACUGGCUGACAAAUGGAAAAACUAUGAUUGUACAGAGUCAUAGCGUUAGAGAAAUACAUAAAAAAAAAAAUAGUAGGUUAGUAUUGUAACUUUAAUUAUAGAAUAUCCGCAUUGAAUAGACACAAAUAUACAAUACCGAAGAGAA